AUGGAGGCUGGGAAGCGCAGCUCCUCCGCCGGCAGCCGGGACGAUGGCAGCGCUAACGCCUUCCCAGCCAAGCCGGCGGCCCCGGCGGAGAAAGCCCAAAGCAGCCCCGGCGGCGGGGGUAGCGGCGGCGUGAAGGAGCAUGGCAACUCGGUGUGCUUCAAAGUGGACGGCGGCGGGAGCGAGGAGCCCGCGGUGGGCUUCGAGGAUGCCGAAGGGCCCCGGCGGCAGUACGGCUUCAUGCAGCGACAGUUCACCUCCAUGCUGCAGCCGGGGGUCAACAAAUUCUCCCUCCGCAUGUUCGGCAGCCAGAAGGCGGUGGAGAAGGAGCAGGAAAGGGUUAAAACUGCGGGGUUCUGGAUCAUCCACCCGUACAGCGACUUCAGGUUUUACUGGGACUUAAUCAUGCUUAUAAUGAUGGUUGGAAACCUUGUUAUUAUACCAGUUGGAAUCACAUUCUUCACAGAACAAACAACAACACCAUGGAUUAUUUUCAAUGUGGCAUCAGACACUGUUUUUUUAUUGGACUUGAUCAUGAAUUUUAGAACUGGGACUGUAAAUGAAGACAGCUCUGAAAUAAUACUGGACCCUAAAAUCAUUAAGAUGAAUUACUUAAAAAGCUGGUUUGUGGUUGACUUCAUCUCAUCAAUACCAGUGGAUUAUAUCUUUCUUAUUGUAGAAAAAGGAAUGGAUUCAGAGGUUUACAAGACAGCAAGAGCACUUCGUAUUGUGAGAUUUACAAAAAUCCUCAGCCUGUUACGUUUAUUACGCCUUUCAAGACUGAUUCGAUACAUACACCAGUGGGAAGAGAUUUUUCACAUGACAUAUGAUCUGGCCAGUGCUGUCGUGAGAAUCUUUAAUCUGAUUGGAAUGAUGCUUCUGCUCUGCCACUGGGAUGGUUGUCUUCAGUUUUUAGUACCACUGCUCCAGGAUUUCCCACCAGAUUGCUGGGUGUCCCUAAACGGUAUGGUUAACGAUUCCUGGGGAAAGCAGUACUCAUAUGCACUCUUCAAAGCCAUGAGCCAUAUGCUUUGCAUUGGUUAUGGAGCCCGAGCCCCUGUCAGCAUGUCCGACCUCUGGAUAACCAUGUUAAGCAUGAUCGUAGGAGCAACUUGUUAUGCCAUGUUUGUUGGUCAUGCCACGGCCCUCAUUCAGUCUCUGGAUUCCUCACGGCGACAAUAUCAAGAAAAGUACAAACAAGUGGAACAGUACAUGUCGUUCCACAAGCUACCCGCUGAAAUGCGCCAGAAGAUCCAUGAUUACUAUGAGCACCGCUACCAAGGCAAGAUCUUUGAUGAAGAAAACAUCUUGAAUGAGCUCAAUGAUCCUCUCAGGGAGGAGAUUGUCAACUUCAACUGUCGGAAACUGGUUGCUACAAUGCCUCUUUUUGCUAAUGCAGACCCAAAUUUUGUGACUGCCAUGCUAAGCAAACUGCGGUUUGAGGUGUUCCAGCCUGGAGAUUACAUUAUCCGAGAAGGCGCUGUGGGUAAAAAGAUGUAUUUCAUUCAGCAUGGUGUUGCUGGUGUCAUCACCAAAUCCAACAAGGAGCUGAAGCUGACAGAUGGCUCUUACUUUGGAGAGAUUUGCCUUUUGACCAAGGGCCGUCGAACUGCCAGUGUACGAGCAGAUACAUACUGUCGCCUGUAUUCCCUCUCAGUGGACAACUUCAACGAGGUUCUCGAAGAGUACCCAAUGAUGAGAAGAGCCUUUGAAACGGUGGCAAUUGAUAGACUUGACAGGAUAGGGAAGAAGAACUCGAUCCUCCUGCAGAAGUUCCAGAAGGAUCUCAACACUGGGGUUUUCAACAACCAGGAGAAUGAGAUAUUGAAGCAGAUCGUGAAGCAUGACAGGGAGAUGGUGCAGACCAUCGCCCCGGUGAGCUUGCAGCAGAUACCUGCCCUGAACUCCAGCACCUCUGCCUCCUCAUCACGCGUCAGGACACAGUCCCCUCCUGUGUACACUGCCAGCAGCCUGUCCCAUGGAAACCUGCACUCCCCCUCGCCCAGCACGCAGACAUCCCAGCAGGCCGUUAUCCUCUCGCCCUGCUCCUACACCACUGCCGUCUGCAGCCCCCCUGUACAGAGCCCUCUGGCUGGCCGAACUUUCCAAUACGCCUCGCCAACCGCCUCACAGCUCUCCCUCAUGCAGCAGCAGCCACAGGCACCCCAGCAGCCCCCCGGGGCUGCACAGAAGAACGAGGUCCACAAGAGCACCCAGGCCCUCCACAACACCAACUUGACCCGGGAGGUGCGGCCCCUCUCUGCCUCGCAGCCCUCCCUGCCCCAUGAGAUCUCCACCCUGAUUGCCAGGCCUCACCCCACUGUGGGGGAGUCGCUCGCCUCCCUCCCACAGCCCACCCCUGGCCCCAGUGUGCCCCCGGCUGGCCGCACCACCGUCCCCCAGCGGGUCUCACUAUUCCGACAGAUGUCCUCGGGAGCCAUCCCCCCGAACCGGGGGUCUGCACCGACCCCAGCCCCUUUGCAAAGAGAUUCUUCCACAGUCUUAAGCACAGAGCCCGAGGGAGAGAAACCGCGGUUCGCGUCAAACUUAUGA